AUGACCCGACCGCAAAACCCAACAGAUCUCGCGUCGGCGACGGACGAGCGUUUCCGUGGUCGGACCGCUGCCGCUGCAGGUACCAGUGCUGCAGGUGAUGCCGCUGCCGAUGCCCGCACCGCUGCCCACGGCGCCGGUACCGCUGUUGUCCGCGCGCGCACUGCUAGCGACGCGACCGGUACCGGUACGGCAGACGAUACCACCGCCGCCGCAGCCGCCUCCGGUACGACCGAAACCGCCGUCAAAGACCGUCACCGGGACGCAGCCGUUUAG